UCUUAAGCACUCGGGCUCCCGAGAUUCCGGAGACUUCAUGGAGCGUCAGGUGCUGCUGGGCGAGCCCGAGGAGGCGGCGGCGCUGUACCGGGCCCUCAGUCGCCAGCCCGCGCUGAGCGCCGCCUGCCUGGGCCCGGAGGUCACCACGCAGUACGGGGGCCGCUAUCGGACCGUGCACACGGAAUGGACCCAGAGGGACCUGGAACGAAUGGAGAAUAUCCGAUUCUGCCGCCAGUACCUGGUGUUUCAUGAUGGAGAUUCAGUGGUGUUUGCAGGGCCUGCGGGCAACAGUGUGGAGACUCGGGGGGAAAUGAUGAGCAGAGAAUCUCCAUCAGGCACCAUGAAAGCUGUGUUACGUAAGGCUGGAGGCACAGGCUCUGGGGAGGAGAAGCAGUUCCUGGAGGUUUGGGAGAAGAAUCGGAAGCUUAAAAGCUUCAACCUAUCAGCGCUGGAGAAGCAUGGGCCUGUUUAUGAGGAUGACUGCUUUGGCUGCCUAUCCUGGUCGCACUCGGAGACACACUUGUUGUAUGUGGCAGAGAAAAAGCGCCCCAAAGCCGAGUCCUUCUUUCAGACCAAAGCCUUGGACGUCAGUGCCAGCGAUGAUGACAUAGCCAGGCCGAAGAAGCCAGACCAGACCAUUAAGGGGGACCAGUUUGUGUUUUAUGAAGAUUGGGGAGAAAGCAUGGUUUCUAAAAGCAUCCCUGUGCUCUGCGUGUUGGAUGUCGACAGCGGUAACAUCUCGGUGCUUGAAGGGGUCCCUGAGAAUGUAUCCCCGGGACAGGCUUUCUGGGCCCCGGGGGACACUGGUGUGGUGUUUGUGGGCUGGUGGCAUGAGCCCUUCCGGUUAGGCAUCCGCUUCUGCACCAAUCGCAGGUCAGCACUGUACUACGUGGACCUCCUUGGUGGGAAAUGUGAACUCCUCUCAGGUGACUCCUUGGCGGUUUCUUCUCCUCGGCUGAGCCCGGACCAGUGUCGCAUCGUCUACCUGCAGUACCCCUCUCUGGUCCCUCAUCAUCAGUGUAGCCAGCUGUGCCUGUAUGACUGGUAUACCAAGGUCACCUCAGUGGUGGUGGACAUUGUGCCCCGGCAACUAGGAGAGAGCUUCUCUGGGAUCUACUGCAGCCUUCUGCCUCUAGGAUGCUGGUCAGCUGACAGCCAGAGAGUGGUCUUUGACUCUGCUCAGCGCAGCCGGCAGGACCUAUUUGCUGUGGACACGCAGACAGGCAGUGUGGUCUCCCUAACAGCUGGAGGGUCAGGUGGAAGCUGGAAGCUACUGAUGAUUGACCAAGACCUUAUGGUGGUACAGUUUUCUACACCCAGCCUGCCCCCAAACCUGAAAGUUGGGUUCCUGCCUCCUGCAGGGAAGGAGCAGUCGGUGUCAUGGGUGUCCCUGGAGGAGGCGGAACCCAUUUCUGAUAUUCACUGGAACAUCCGGGUGCUACAGCCACCCCCAGAGCAAGAGAACAUGCAGUAUGCUGGCCUUGACUUUGAAGCAAUCCUUCUGCAGCCCAGCAGCCCUCCGGAUAAGACGCAGGUGCCCAUGGUGGUCAUGCCUCACGGGGGACCGCAUUCAUCCUUUGUCACUGCCUGGAUGCUGUUCCCCGCCAUGCUUUGUAAGAUGGGCUUUGCAGUAUUGCUAGUGAACUACCGCGGUUCCACGGGCUUUGGCCAGGACAGCAUCCUUUCCCUCCCAGGCAACGUGGGCCACCAGGAUGUGAAGGAUGUCCAGUUUGCAGUAGAGCAGGUGCUCCAGGAGGAGCAUUUUGAUGCAGGCCGAGUGGCCCUGAUGGGUGGUUCCCACGGUGGCUUCCUCUCAUGCCACCUGAUUGGUCAGUACCCAGAGACCUACCGAGCCUGUGUGGCCCGGAACCCUGUGAUCAACAUUGCCUCCAUGAUGGGCUCCACUGAUAUCCCUGACUGGUGUGUGGUGGAGACCGGCUUCUCUUACAGCAACGAGUGCCUGCCCGACCUCAGUGUGUGGGCAGAGAUGCUGGACAAGUCACCCAUCAAGUACAUCCCUCAGGUAAAGACUCCAGUGUUACUGAUGUUGGGCCAGGAGGACCGCCGCGUACCCUUCAGGCAGGGAAUAGAGUAUUAUCGUGCUCUCAAGGCCCGGAAUGUGCCUAUUCGGCUCCUGCUCUAUCCUAAAAGCUCGCACGCACUGUCAGAGGUGGAGGUGGAGUCAGACAGCUUCAUGAAUGUCGUGCUGUGGCUACACACACACUUGGGCAGCUGAAGCCCUGCCAUUCUACAUGAGCUGGUCAACCCGUCACAUUCUGGCUCUUGGGGAGCUCCAGGGUCUGGCAGAGAAGCCAAGAGGUUUUCUGGCCUCUGGACUCCAGAGGUGGAUGGAGGAAUGUAAACUACAUAGUCAUAAUAAAUGAGGACCCGUAGCUUGGUUCCAAGCCAGCCUCAGCCCUGAGA